UUUCCGUCGGCCUCCUCGUCUAUCUGCUUUCUCGCGUCAACCAAACCGACACCUGCGACUGUGGUCAGUUUGAAUCGAGAGGAUUUGAUGUUUCAGCGAUGAUGUAAUGAUGGAUAUGUUCGAAGAACAGUCGUCGUGCUAACGUGCUUACCUUCAACGGACUCUGGUGAUGUUGCCUUCCGCACGGAAACUGCCGGGUUCUGGCUGAGUUUUCGCUAUGACUGGUACGAGGACGGACCUACGACCAUUGAUAGCUAUUUUUAAAAUUGUCAUCUUAUUACCUUGCCAGCAAGAUUUCCCAAACAGAUUUUCAAAUGAAAAUGGAGGAUAUGCCCCUGUCAGGCCCAGACAACACCAAGCUGGAGGCCUUGGUCCAUGACAUCUACUCUGAACUGGUGGAAGAUGCCUGUUUGGGUCUGUGUUUUGAAGUACACCGUGCUGUGAAACAGGGCUAUUUCUUCUUGGAUGAAACGGAUCAAGAGAGCAUGAAGGAGUUCGAAAUUGUGGAUCAACCAGGAGUGGACAUAUUUGGGCAGGUGUACAAUCAGUGGAAAAACAAAGAGUGUGAGUGUCCAAACUGCAAAAGACUGAUAGCAGCAUCUCGUUUCGCACCACACCUGGAAAAAUGCCUAGGCAUGGGACGCAACAGCAGUCGUAUCGCCAACCGCAGGCUAGCCAGCAAUAAUAACAUGAGCAAAUCAGAGAGUGAUCAGGAAGACAACGAUGAUCUCAAUGAUAAUGACUGGUCGUAUGGGGCAGAAAAGAAAGCCAAGAAGAGAAAGUCAGAUAAGAAUCAAAAUUCCCCAAGAAGAUCCAAAUCCCUAAAACACAAAAAUGGUGAACUUGGGAGCAGCAUCAGUACAGAGCCCUAUAAGUAUAACUACAGCACCGGCAUCAGUUAUGAAUCCUUAGGUCCUGAUGAAGUCAGAUCCCUUCUAUCGACACAAUGUGGGGUGAUCUCUGAACACACCAAGAAGAUGUGUACCAGGUCUCAGCGGUGUCCCCAGCACACGGACGAACAGAGGAGGGCCGUCAGGGUGUUCCUCCUGGGGCCGUCCGCGCCGCCCCUGCCCGACACAGACCCAGUAGUGGAGAGUGACAGCUUUGACAUUCCAGAUGGACAGACCCUGAUGAGUCGUCUGCAGUGGGAAGACUCUCCUGAUAUUUCACCCGCUGACUCGGCCUCAUCUAAAACCAGCACCAACCACUCAGAUUCAAGAAAGCCUAAGAAGAAGAAGAGGACUUCUCUCAGUUUGAAUAGUGGAGGAGGAGGAGGAGGAGGAGGAGGAGGAGUAGGAGUGAGUCUGACUGGAGGCUGCAGCAGCGGCAGCAGCUCUCAGAGUAACAUCAGCUUGUCGACCAAAAAAAAGAGGCCCAAACUCACAGGACCUUCCAUUUCAAGUAUCUAUGAUGACUUAAACUAGCAACAGCUCGUUUGUUGGACAGGAUCUGCCCUCCUCUGAUUAUAAUCCCCCCUGUCUUCCCUACAUUUAUAGUUCUAAACGUGGUGGGAUUAAACUUGAUUUAGUAGCUAUUUAAUCAGUCUGCCUUAACAAGUAAGGCAUCUCAAUUUUAAUGAUGGUAUUUUUUCCUGUUCAAGAUCAUAGUGUUCUAAAAAGAUGGGUCAGAUUCCAGUCAGUGUCUGAAAGUACUUACAAGGAAACUCGGGUCCUUUACACUCUGAAGACUGCACUGUUCCAAAUUACAAAAAAACUAAGAGUGCUGUGUGUUGACAAUGCUCUUAUGUGGCACUUUAGUAGCUGCUCUAGUGAUUUAUUGCGAUAAGUUAAUUCGACAUAGUUACUCUUAAAAGUGUGGAAAGAUUAACAUCAGGUUAUUUCUAUUUACACUUUGACCAAGAUAAUGCACACGGAUGAAGAUUACACCCUUAGCUUAUUCAUCAGCAUUUAAGAUGUUGUCAGCAAUGUCAACUUCCUGUCCAUUGCUGCCGUUACCUUUCCACUUCUUCCACCCGACGUCACCCCAUGUUUGGUGAGUUAGACAGAUAGACUAACAUCACAGCCAGAGAGCAAAGCUUCUUUGUGUCGAUUUAAGCUUUGUGUGGUAUUUAAAGUUGAUUUAUAUUCAGACCACAGAUAUGAAAAAAAACAUAAGGGUAGUAGCUUUAAUAUGGACUUAAACAGAGCCUCCUCACUUGAAACAAGUCUCUCCACCUGCUUCUGGGACUUUGCUGCAGGGUUUUGUUUAUCCCUUUCAGCCAAGAGAGCUUUAGUGAGAUCUUACACUGAUGGUGAUAAAUCCUGACUCGCACUCCUUCAGCACAUCCUGAUUUUUAGUGCGUUUAGUUUAGUGGUCAAGGCUCGGCUCCAUGUUUUAAUCAGUGCAAAGAUUUGUUUUAUAUGGCAAAAGUUCUACUGCCCAUUAAUCAACCGAAGGAGAAAAUUGUGCUGUACAAUAGUAAAUACUGUAUUACAUUAUACAUAGAUCAUAAGAGGGUGUCACAGCACAUGAAACAGCAGGAAAGCCACAUAAAUAAGAACAUGAUUGUCCAGAUUUCUUCUGGUGUUGUGCUCAUCUUGCUGUUAAAAGUCAAAAUACCUGAUUUGGGAAAAAAAAGGCUUAUAAGGAGACUAAAGUUGACUUUUAAUAUAUAACCAAUCAGUUUUUCUUUGUGGCUCCAAACCUAUUCCCUCAAUAUCAUGAAAAGGUUAAAGUCUUAAUUGUGGUUUUCUGACACCUUCAGGGACUCUGUCUUUGUCGUGACCUCCUAAACCAUCCCCUCCUUUUUAUGACUUGAUGGUCACUUAUACUCGGUCGUGGCGAGACAUGCUUUUUAAUUCAACACGCGUAUCCUGUAGUACUCAUCAUCAGCUUUUUAAUUUUAGCAUGGUAUUGCACAGGUGUGUGUGUGUGUGUGUGUGUGUGUGUGCGCGCGUGCGUGCGUGUGCUGACUUACUUCAGCGUGAGAGUCACUGUGUUUGUGUGUAUUGUUUAUAUUUGCAUAAAACUAUGCAUCCUAGAAUGUGACAUUUUUGUGUAUGUGUCAUUUAAAAAAAAAAAAUAAUACUUAAGUGUUUACAUCAACAAUAAGGUUAAGUUUUAAUUUGUCACUGCCUAUUAAGUGAUGUGUAUAUUAAUAUUAUUAUUAUUAUUCUUAUUUGUGUGUAAAUGCAGAUUUUGAUAUUUGACAAGCCUAAAGGCUUUUAGGGCACAUGUAUAGUACGUGCAUAUGACAUGAGAUAAAAAAUGGAAUCAUAAUUCUGACAUUUUCCUACCUUCAGGACUCGCCAGUUUAUUGUAAAAUAAUUCUACGUAUAAGUAGGUCAAUGCUAAAACUCUUGCUUGUCAUUCGUGAUCAUGAGCGAUGCAUCUGCAUCUUGUAAGCCUGUAAUAAACAAUGUGUGUUGUUAGAGGUGAA